AGUGGACGCAAGUUGAUGUUGCCUGCAUUAUGCUAUGCUAUAAACACAACUUUUGCAAUUAGCGCCUUGACCGAUUUAAAUAUUCCAAUGUAUACUGUCAUGAAACGCCUGGGAUUACUGAUGAAUUUGAUUUUAUCUGUUAUUCUACUUUCUAAAAUUCCUUCUGUUAUGGUAUGCUUUUCAAUCGCUCUCAUCAUUACUGGUUGUGUUGUAGCCGGCAUGCACGAUCUUUCUUCUCACAUUUUUGGCUAUGUGAAUGCUUUAAUCAGUGUAGUUUCCCAAUCAAUCUAUCUAACAUUAGUUGAAAGAGCUGGAGCUCGUACUGAGUUUUCAACUUCAUCUAUACUCUAUCUCAAUACUGUAAAUUGUUUACCUUUCCAAAUAUUAAUUGCAAUUAUAACAGGAGAGAUUUAUCAAGCCACUACUAAUGUUCUUCUAUUCAACGUAUUGCUAUUAAUCAUACAGGCGGUGUUUUUCUUCGCCGCUGGCUUGGGUUGCCUUUUAAAUUAUUCUCUAUUCUUAUGUACUACCGUCAAUUCGGCAUUAACCACAAGCAUUGUUGGAGUAAUAAAGGGACUAGUAACAACUAUUAUAGGUUUUUUUACUUUUGGUGGAGUACCUGCAACAACCUUUACUGUUGCUGGAGUUUCAAUAAAUAUGAUUGGCGCAAUACUAUAUACAUACGCAAAAUAUAAGGACAAGCUCACAAGUAAUAAAGUGUGA